AUGGUCAAGGUCGACCUAAUGUCUUCAAAAGACAACUCACCACCUCCAAUGUGGUUGCCUCAUCCCACUCCGGUGGAGCGCUGGCUUAAAGAUUUUACAGCCUUUCAGCCAUGGCAAGACUUCCUCCACAACAACUACUCACUCGAAUUUACCGCUUGGAUUCGCAACUACAAAAAUGCCAGCUCCCAACAACAAUUUGAAACAUCAACACUUUGCUUUUAG